GAGGAGGCGGCGGCGAUGGAGGUGAAGCGGCUGAAAGUGACCGAGCUGCGGUCGGAGCUGCAGCGCCGGGGCCUGGACUCACGCGGCCUCAAGGUGGAUCUGGCGCAGCGGCUGCAGGAGGCGCUGGACGCCGAGAUGCUCGAGGACGAGGCCGGCGGUGGCGGGGCCGGGCCCGGCGGGGCCUGCAAGGCGGAGCCUCGGCCUGUAGCCGCGUCGGGCGGUGGCCCGGGCGGGGACGAGGAGGACGACGAAGAAGAGGAGGAGGAGGACGAGGAAGCGCUGCUUGAGGACGAGGACGAAGAGCCACCCCCUGCCCAGGUCUCGGGCCAGGCCGCGCAGCCGCCGCCGGAGCCCCCGGAGGCGGCAGCCAUGGAGGCCGCGGCCGAGCCUGAUGCUUCCGAGAAGCCGGCGGAGGAGUCCACGGCGGGGUCAGGUGGGGUAAAUGGUGGCGAAGAGCAGGGCACCGGCAAGGGGGAGGAAGACGAGCCGGAGGAGCGGAGCGGGGACGAGACGCCGGGAUCUGAGGCGCCGGGUGACAAGGCCGCAGAGGAACAGGGAGAUGACCAAGAUAGUGAAAAGUCAAAACCAGCAGGCUCAGAUGGUGAGCGGCGGGGGGUAAAGAGACAGCGGGAUGAGAAGGAUGAACAUGGCCGAGCUUACUAUGAAUUCCGAGAGGAGGCUUACCACAGCCGCUCAAAGUCUCCACCACCCCCCGAAGAAGAGGCAAAAGAUGAGGAGGAGGAUCAGACUCUUGUGAACCUGGACACGUAUACCUCGGAUCUCCAUUUUCAAGUGAGCAAAGACCGCUAUGGAGGGCAGCCACUUUUCUCAGAGAAGUUCCCCACCCUUUGGUCUGGGGCAAGGAGUACUUACGGCGUGACAAAGGGGAAAGUCUGCUUUGAGGCCAAGGUAACCCAGAAUCUCCCAAUGAAAGAAGGCUGCACAGAGGUUUCUCUCCUUCGAGUUGGAUGGUCUGUUGAUUUUUCCCAUCCACAGCUUGGUGAGGAUGAAUUCUCUUAUGGUUUUGAUGGACGAGGACUCAAGGCAGAGAAUGGGCAGUUUGAAGAAUUUGGCCAGACUUUCGGGGAGAAUGAUGUCAUUGGCUGCUUUGCUAAUUUUGAGGCUGAAGAAGUAGAACUUUCUUUUUCCAAGAAUGGAGAAGACCUAGGUGUGGCGUUCCGGAUCAACAAGGAGUCCCUGGCAGAAAGGGCCCUCCUACCCCAUGUCCUCUGCAAAAAUUGUGUUGUAGAAUUAAACUUUGGUCAGAAGGAGGAGCCCUUCUUCCCACCACCGGAAGAGUUUGUGUUCAUUCAUGCUGUGCCUGUUGAGGAGCGGGUGCGCACCGCUGUCCCUCCCAAGACCAUAGAGGAAUGUGAGGUGAUUCUGAUGGUAGGACUGCCUGGAUCUGGAAAGACCCAGUGGGCACUGAAAUACGCAAAAGAAAACCCCGAGAAAAGAUACAACGUCCUGGGAGCUGAGACUGUGCUCAAUCAAAUGAGGAUGAAGGGGCUCGAGGAGCCAGAGAUGGACCCCAAAAGCAGAGACCUUUUAGUUCAGCAAGCCUCCCAGUGCCUUAGUAAGCUGGUCCAGAUUGCUUCCCGGACAAAGAGGAACUUCAUUCUUGAUCAGUGUAAUGUGUACAACUCUGGCCAACGGCGGAAGCUGUUGCUCUUCAAGACUUUCUCUCGGAAAGUGGUGGUGGUUGUUCCUAAUGAGGAAGAUUGGAAGAAGAGGCUGGAGUUGAGGAAGGAAGUGGAGGGAGAUGAUGUGCCUGAGUCUAUAAUGCUGGAGAUGAAAGCCAACUUCUCUCUGCCUGAGAAAUGCGACUAUAUGGAUGAGGUGACAUACGGCGAGCUGGAGAAGGAGGAAGCUCAGCCCAUUGUCACUAAGUACAAGGAGGAGGCCAGGAAGCUGCUGCCCCCCUCCGAGAAGCGGACAAACCGCCGAAACAACCGAAACAAGCGCAACCGGCAGAACCGAAGCCGCGGCCAAGGCUACGUGGGCGGGCAGCGCCGAGGCUACGACAACCGGGCCUACGGGCAGCAGUACUGGGGGCAGUCUGGAAACAGAGGGGGUUACCGUAACUUCUACGAUCGAUACAGGGGAGACUAUGAUCGGUUCUACGGGCGAGAUUAUGAGUACAACAGAUACAGAGACUAUUACAGACAGUACAGUCGGGAUUGGCAGAAUUACUACUACCACCACCCCCAGGACAGAGACCGAUACUACAGGAACUACUACGGUUACCAAGGGUAUCGGUGAAGCCCCUGUCAUUCUCGCCUGUCAGCCGUGAAGCUGAAUCUCUAGGGGUGCCAGGCACCCCCCAAAACACAACCAAGGAAAACAGGGGCUGUUCGGGUGGGGCUGAGCUGCCGGGGAGGGGCGGUGGGGGGGAGGGUGCGCAAGCAGGGGCAGGGGAGGGGGGAGGUGGAAACAACAAAACUGUACAUUUUUUUUAAAAGUUUGUUGAAAAGAAUAUUGUCUUAUUCUAUAAAACAUUUCAGACCUAGUUAGAUAUUUGUAAUCAAAAAACAUUUGCGCAGAAAGCAGCACUUAGGGCUGCCUGUCCUGUAUCCUGCAGUUCGGACAGGAAAAGAACUGAAAAUGUCACCCUUCUGACAUUCUAAGGCAGCUGGACUGGCAGCCGAGGAAGGGAGAGUGUUGAGGAGGUGCGGAGAGGGUGGGCACGCAUGGGAGCGCGCCCUCUCCGGGGCAGGCAGGAGUGGGGACAGAGGGAGAGCUUGUGACUGGGGCAGUGAAAAUAAACGAUUGGCUCUUAUCAAUCACUUGCACCAAC